AUGUUUAGGAGAUGUAGAGAAGAGAAGGACGUUCGAAAAUUGCAAUCUAAAGAUUACUCUGCUUAUAUCAGGGGAAUAUGUCAGUAUAGGUGUGGCUGCGAAGAAAUCGGGGAGUUGGAUUAUGAUUUACUGGAAGCUGCCGUGGCAUCGACAGACAGUAAUAAUUUGUACAUCGACGAUGGUCUCGACGGAUUUCCAAGUUUCGGCUUUCGUCCUGGCUCCGAAGUUAAACAACCCUAUCGGUUAUAUCUGCCAGAAAAAUUGCCAGCUGAGUUCACUCUAGUGGCAACUUUCAAGCCGACAUCCUUCAGGACCAGUUACCUUUUCGCUGUUCUGAAUCCUUUCGAGACUGUCGUGCAAUUAGGCAUCCGGAUAUCCGACGGACCAGGCACAAAUCAGAACGUUUCACUGGUUUACACCAAUUCUGACUUACACUCGCAUUCGGAAGAGGUGGCGAAAUUCACAGUGCCAAAAUUAACUAAGAAAUGGUCUAAAAUCGUCAUCAGAGUGUCAACGAUCGACGUCACUUUGUAUUUAAACUGUCACGAGAUGGCCAAACAACGAGUGACCAGAAUUCCUUUGGAGCUGGUGUUCGAUACAGCCAGCACGUUGUACAUCGCUCAGGCUGGGCCUCAUAUUCAGGAAAAAUACGACGUGAGUACAGUAAACUGACUUUAUCGCUGAUCUAUUAACGUUGAAAC